AUGUCCGACCCGCCGAGCAGAGAGGAAUCCCGCUCCCCGUUCACCAGCUCCUCCGACGACGACGAGCCGGAGACGUCCGGAUCGGAGCAAGACGGGCGCGGCGGCGGGGGCGGCGGCGGAGGAGAUGACGCCCACCGCCCGAUACCCCUGCGGCAGCAGCUCGUGGGGGCCUGCCGCGCCGACGACCGCCUCAGGCCCCUCCUCACCCUCAACGUCUCCUGCUCCGCCGCCGAGAACCGCUUCAUCUCCCACCUCUCCCAGCACUUCGAGGUCUCGGAGGUGGGCAUGCUCGCCAGGUGCCUCUGCGUUCCCCUCGUCUCCCUGCGCGUCGGCAAGGUCGAACGCCAGGGUUCCCUCCUCUGCCCAACACCCAUCAGGUAGCCAAACCUCGAACAUAUUCACUUCAUCUACUCACUCCGCUGGAUAGAAUCGCAAUUGCUUUGACGAACUACAUCGAUUCCAGCU